AUGGGUGAGGAAAGUGUUGAGUUUAUUCUGCCCCCUUGGGAGGCAGAAGCUUUGAUAGAGAAUCUGAAGCCUUCGAGCCUCGAUGACAUCGGCACGAAGAAGUGGUUUGAAUAUCAUCAGAAACUCAUGCUUCUGCAUCAGCAGAGUAUUCUGGAGAUCAGUACAUUGAGGGAGGAGGCGAUUAAAGAGUGCUUCGUUAAUUUCCAAAAGAUUCCAAUUUUAAUUUACGAAGCAAUACAAAUAUCCCUGUGGAAAGAAAAAGUGUUUCCAGUAAUGAUCGGAGCUAAUGGUGAGCCCUCCAACACCUUCAUGUUGUACAGUGUUUUCUACCACGAGAGCAUAGUUGUAUCCCUCCUGGAGAACGUUCUGUUCCACUCCGACAGCGUGGAGACCCUGGAGGACUCGGCUCUCGACCUGAUCGACUAUUCCGUCGGCAAUCUGACGGAUUUAAUUUUUUCGAAAGAAGAAUUCCAGGCUUCCCUCCCCGAAAACGCGACAUGUCUGGAGGAACUAAUUUUCAAACGCGGGGAGAUGGAGUUCGACAUCGCGAUGAAGUCAAUCUCGAUUCUCGCGUAUCUAGCGGGAUUCGCGGAGAGCCUUCCACUGGCUGUCGUCAAACGACUACUGAGCACUCACGAUGUGCCUUAUUUAAUGACGAUGUUGAUUGAGAACAGGCCCUGGAGAAAAAUAAAUGGAGAGGGAGUUGACAUGAUUUACAUGUCCAGUUGGGAGAAAGUUAAGGAAAAUGAGAGGGACAAAAUUUGUAAGAUUGAGGGACAGAUUUGGAUCGGAUUGAGGGAACUUUUGUUGAAUCCCAAGUGCGCACCGUAUUAUCCCAUUAAUGAAUUCAGAAUAGCGGAAUUAUCCAAGUUGCAAAAACAUUUGCAUGAACGGGUCCUGGACCAAAUAGCCCCUCUGAUAGACUUGAGACGAUGGCUGGGUUACCUGACCCUAUCACCACCUGGGAACACCUCGAACCCCCCAAUCUCGGUGGAAAUAAUCCCCCAGAUUCGGUCCUCUAUUCUCGAAAAGUACAAAAAGAAAUGGAAGAGGAUUGCCAAAUCUCAGGGAGAGCUGUUCUACAAUAAUGACAUCAAUCAUGUCAAGAGUUACGCUGAGAUACUCAGUGCAGCAUAUGACGUAGAUAAAAUGGUCGCCACUGUCGCUAGACACUGCGCCUUGUGCUCUGAAAUUGCUACCAAAAAAUGCUCAAAAUGCAAAAGUAUUUGGUACUGCGGAAGGGAAUGUCAAGUCAAAGAUUGGCCUGGACACAAGAACAAAUGCGAGGAAAUUUCGAAAUCCGAAGGAAAUAUGGAUUAA